AUGUCCAUGUCUCUUUAACAGUUUCUCUCUCUUUAUCUGCAACGACGUCCAAGUCUCUUUAACAGUUUUAAGAACGACGUGGAGAUCCAAUCACCAAAAUAAAUCUCUUACAUCAUCUCCUCCAUUCAUUCAAACCCCACUCUCUCUGUAUAUAUAUAUGUUCACAUCUUCCACACAAAAUUUAAACCAACUUCUUCUUCUUCUUCUUCACAAUGACACAACCACCCUCUUCCUCAACCAUCCUCUCUCUUCUCUUGGUUCUUCUCCUCUGUGUUUCUCCACGCAGAGGAGAUGCACGACCUUCCUUCGCCUGUGAUCCAAGAAAUACAAACACGAGGAACUUACCUUUCUGUACGGCGUCUCUACCGAUACCAAACAGGGUCAGAGACCUCAUCGGACGGUUGACAUUGCAGGAGAAGAUCACUCUCCUCGUUAACAACGCAGCCCCAGUGCCGCGGCUUGGCAUCAGUGGUUACGAGUGGUGGUCGGAAGCGCUUCACGGGGUCUCUAACACAGGUCCCGGUGUUAAAUUUGGUGGCAGAUUCCCUAGGGCCACCAGUUUCCCCCAGGUCAUCACCACCGCUGCUUCCUUCAAUGCUUCCUUAUGGGAACUAAUCGGACGGGUGGUGUCUGAUGAAGCAAGGGCCAUGUACAAUGGAGGAGUAGCGGGUCUCACAUACUGGAGCCCAAAUGUGAACAUAUUCAGGGACCCUAGGUGGGGUCGGGGCCAGGAGACUCCCGGUGAAGAUCCAGUUUUAGCCGCCAAUUAUGCGGCCAACUAUGUUAGAGGACUCCAACAGCCCCACGGUAGAGACGGUAACAGGUUAAAGGUCGCAGCUUGCUGCAAGCACUACACAGCCUAUGACAUGGAUAACUGGAAUGGCGUUGAUCGCUACCACUUCAAUGCCAAGGUUAGCAAGCAAGAUUUGGUGGAUACGUUCGAUGUGCCCUUCAGAGCAUGUGUGGUGGAAGGGAAGGUGGCAAGUGUGAUGUGCUCUUACAAUCAGGUUAACGGAAAACCUACCUGCGCCGAUCCCCACCUCCUCCGCAACACCAUCCGUGGUGAAUGGCGCCUUAACGGGUACAUCGUUUCGGACUGUGACUCUGUUGGGGUUUUCUAUGAUACCCAACACUACACUGCAACACCUGAAGAUGCAGCAGCGGUUGCCAUUAAAGCAGGUCUAGAUUUGGACUGUGGACCUUUCCUCGCAGUCCACACAGAGCAAGCCGUGAAGACAGGGAAGCUACGCGAGUUAGAUGUGAACAAUGCCUUGGCUAACACCCUAACCGUGCAGAUGAGGUUAGGCAUGUAUGAUGGAGAGCCAUCGAACCAACCAUUCGGGCACCUGGGCCCACGGGCCGUGUGCACACCGGCCCAUCAACAGCUUGCCCUCGAGGCAGCCCGACAAGGCAUUGUCCUCUUGAAGAACCGUGGGCCAUCAUUGCCUCUCUCACCCCUCCGCCACCGUACGAUCGCCGUGAUCGGACCUAACUCCGAUGUCACCGUCACCAUGAUAGGUAACUACGCCGGUGUACCAUGUGGUUACACUUCUCCGCUACAGGGGAUCGGGAGAUACGCUAAGACAAUCCAUCAAACGGGAUGUAGCGACGUGGCAUGCGGCAGCGACCAGCUAUUCGGUGCGGCCGUGAAUGCUGCCCGUCAAGCGGAUGCUACGGUGCUGGUAAUGGGUCUGGAUCAGUCGAUUGAGGCUGAGUAUAGGGAUAGGGUUGGGCUACUCUUACCGGGACGCCAGCAGGAGCUUGUUUCCAGGGUAGCUAUGGCCUCCAAGGGUCCCACCGUACUAGUCUUGAUGAGUGGUGGGCCCCUCGAUGUUUCAUUUGCUCAGAAUGAUCCGCGUGUCUCUGCUAUUCUAUGGGUGGGGUACCCGGGCCAGGCCGGAGGGACAGCCAUUGCCGAUGUGGUGUUCGGAACAACUAACCCAGGAGGAAAGCUGCCCAUGACGUGGUAUCCACAAGACUACGUGACUAAGCUGCCCAUGACAAACAUGGCCAUGAGGGCGGACCCAGCCAGAGGUUACCCAGGGAGGACCUACAGGUUCUACAAAGGCCCCGUCGUAUACCCUUUUGGGCAUGGACUGAGUUACACCAAUUUUGUGCACACCAUCGCCGCUGCCCCAACGCUAGUCUCAGUUCCCCUCGGCGGUGGACAUUCUCAUCCCAACACUUCUGCCUUAUGGAAAUCAUCAUCAGUAAGGAUCACACACGCCAAAUGCAAUAGGCUCUCAGUUGGGUUACAAGUAGAUGUAAAGAACACUGGCAUCAUGGAUGGAACUCACACUCUACUUGUUUACUCGGCUUCGCCGGCCGGAAAAGAUUGGGCACCACACAAACAGUUGGUGGCAUUCGAGAAAGUGCAAGUUCCGGCGGGUUCACAACGGCGAGUUGGGAUCAACAUACAUGUCUGCAAGUUUCUAAGUGUUGUGGACAAGAAUGGAAUUAGGAGAAUUCCUAUGGGUGAACAUAACCUUCACAUUGGUGAUGUUAGGCAUCCCUUCACUCUCCAAGCUUUGCCUCUUGAGGAGAUCAAAUCAUAGUAAACAUAAAAAUGGAAGAAAAGGGAGCAUGUCCAUCUUCCUUCUAGUACACCCUCUGCUCUCCUUGGUGGGGACAUUGCUUUAACCCCAAUUAGAGAGAGAUAAAGAGAGAGUAUUCAGUCACAUUUAAGAAGAAAAUGAAAGAAUAAUUUGGUAUUUGGAAGAAAAAGAAUAAGUCAAAGGAUAUGAAUUAGGGGACAGAUUAGGUUUAAAAGAGAUUAGGUAAACAAUUAAAUUGGGUGUUGGGAUUAGGUGUUUUUUUUUUUUUUUUUGGGGGGGGGGGGGUGGUUAGUUCAUAGAAGUGGAUGUACUUUAAUUGUUAAAUUAGUUGUUGGGAUUGGUAAUGUAUUGUGCUCUUAGGUGUUUGAUUCUUCAAGAAAUCAAAAUGUGUUAAUGGAUUUUAGAAAAGAAAAGUACAAAGGCUGAUGAGUAGUUGUUUGUGUGAUUAA